UGCUAGGUCAGGCAUUCAUAUACAAUUGUUGACACAUAGUAAUUGAACUCGGACAGGUAUAUAAAGGUAGCCAAGAGCAAAGACAGAGCAUUGGAGACAUAUCAACUUCAACAGCUGACAGACAUCAUGGGCAAAGUAAUCUUCUAUGAGGACAGGAACUUCCAGGGUCACUCAUAUGAGUGUAUGAGCGACUGUGCUGACAUGUCCUCCUAUCUGAGCCGCUGUCACUCUUGCAGAGUGGAGACUGGAUGUUUCAUGAUGUAUGACCGUCCCAACUACAUGGGAAAUCAGUAUUUCUUUAAGAGGGGCGAGUAUUCUGAUUACAUGUCUAUGUUUGGAAUGAGUGACUGCAUCAGGUCCUGCCGUAUGAUCCCCAUGCACAGGGGAUCCUACAGAAUGAGGAUCUAUGAGAGGGAGAACUUCAUGGGUCAGAUGUACGAGAUGAUGGAUGACUGUGACAACAUCAUGGACCGCUACCGCAUGUCUCACUGCCAGUCCUGCCAUGUGAUGGAUGGUCACUGGCUCAUGUAUGAGCAGCCCCACUACAGAGGAAGGAUGCACUACUUCAGGCCUGGAGAGUACAGAAGCUUCAGCAAUAUGGGUGGCAUGAGAUUCAUGAGCAUGAGGCGCAUCAUGGAUUCUUGGUAUUAGUGUUUCAAUAAAAUUAUUUCUCCACAAAAGUAA